CAUAAUAAGACAGACGUCACCCCGUUCUUAAAAAUUUUGACAUGAAUUGAUAAAAUUUCAGCAAGAAAUCAAAUGUAGGAAAAAACAAUGAGUUCAAGCACUAUAGCGGUAAACGAGGGCCUCUAUGGCAGAGAGGACUCCGUGUUUAAGUCUUCCACCCCUAAAUUCGAGGAGCCCAAACCGUCCGUAUUGUAUUUAACUUCAUUGUGGUUGUUCCAGUCGAUCUUUUCCGCCUGCAAGAUGGAAUUCAGUUCGAACAUUCAAGGUGUGACUGUAUCCUUUAACAUACAAGACGUGGUUUUAAUCGCUUUUGCCGCUUGGAUGCUUCACAGAGGGCUGUCGACUAGAAACAUUGCUUUAAUAUUCCCUUGGGUAAUAGUCACUUUGUAUGGCCUCUACUUUAAUCAAUAUAGAAGCAUAAAAAGGAUGAUGAGCAUUUUGAAGGCGGUGAGAAACUCUACUGGGUUGCCCUGGAUGGCUCUGAUUAUUAUUUCUGUCGGAUUGGGUUUAAGGGUCAUUCUGAUUUUAAGAACCUUGCAAGCCUCGGCCAACUUGUGGUACCGCAGAAAACUAGAAAAAGAACUCUACGAAACCCUUAACUAAACUAUUUGUCCUAUUGAUCGAAAAUAAAACAUAUUGUUGUUAAAAAAA